CCGCUCUUUAAAACAGAGGCUGCACCGCUGUCACCCAAACACAUCCAGACAGCAAACAUGAGGACGGUGUGCGCUCUGUUGGGCCUGCUGGCUGCAGUUCACUGCAUGCCGGUGUCACAGGAAACGAUGGAGGAGCAAAGGUUUGCUCAGAGCUACCUGAAAAACUUUUUCAACCUGACGGAGGAAGCUGGGCCUGCAGUUCGACGGGGUUUCAGCCAAGUGACCAGUAAGCUCAUAGAAAUGCAGACGUUUUUUGGGCUCCAAAUUACUGGGACUUUGGAUGCUGAGACUUUGGCUAUGAUGAAAAAGCCCCGAUGUGGAGUUUCUGACUCUAGAGUUGCUCGUUUCUCUACCUUUGGAAACAAUCUGAAGUGGGAGAAAAACAGCCUCACCUACAGGAUCACAAACUACACACCUGACAUGUCUAAGGAAGAGGUGGAUGAGUCCAUAGAGAAAGCUCUGCAGGUCUGGGCCAGAGUUACACCUUUGAGGUUCACCAAAAUCUACAGCAGCACGGCAGACAUCAUGGUUUCCUUUGGUCAGAGGGCUCAUGGGGACUAUUACCCUUUUGAUGGUCCUGAUGGCACCCUUGCCCAUGCCUUUGCCCCGGCCCCUGGCAUUGGAGGAGACGCUCACUUUGAUGAUGACGAGACGUUCACCUUUCGCUCAAACACUGGUUAUGUGCUUUUCAUGGUGGCGGCUCACGAGUUCGGCCACUCUCUGGGUCUGUCUCACUCGGAUGACCCCGGUGCUCUCAUGUACCCGAUUUAUUCGUACAGAAACCCCGAAACCUUUGUCCUGCCCAGAGACGACGUCAGAGGCAUCCAGUCGCUGUAUGGUCCAAACUUGGACCCUGCUCAGCCUGAACCGACCGCCCCCCCCACCCCUGAUGCCUGUGAUUCCACCAUGGUCCUGGAUGCUGUUGCUACACUGAGAGGAGAGAUGUUUUUCUUCAAGGACAGCUUCUUCUGGAGGGUUCAUCCUCAGAGUUACACACCUCAGCAAACUUUCAUCACAAACUUUUGGCCCGAUGCUCCUCUCAGCGUCGAUGCUGCUUAUGAAAACCAGCAAUCUGACAGAAUCUUCCUCUUCAAAGGUCGACAAGUGUGGGCUUUUCGUGGCUAUGACCUUGUGCAGGGUUAUCCCCAGGCCAUCUCUAGUUUUGGCCUGCCUAAGCGCAUCGAGAAGGUGGAUGCAGCUCUGUAUGAUGCACAGUCUGGCAAGACCCUCUUCUUUGUGGGGAGAAACUAUUACAGUUAUGAUGAGGCCAAAGGGACAAUGGAUGCAGGGUUCCCCAAAGCAGUGGACCAGAAGUUUAGUGGAAUGAGCGGCAGGGUGACAGCAGCUUUACAAUACAGAGGGUUCGCAUACCUCUACAGCGGCCCAUACAUGUUCGAGUACAGCCUCAGGACCGGCCAGCUGCUCCGCCUGCUGAGGAACAGCUACUUCCUGCCCUGCACCAGCUACUAGACCCACCUGUACAAACAUUGAGCACAAAAGGUGUUACAGUACUUGUUUUAUUGUCAUGGGCACAAAUAGCCUUGCGAUGGACUAGCGACCUGUCCAGUGUUCCUGCUUUUGCCCAACAGUAGGAGGGACAGGCUCCAGCAACCCUAUGACCCCCAAAAGGGAGCAGGUUAAGAAAAUGGAUGGGCACAAAUAGGAAGUAUGCUCUAUGUAAACAAAGUUUUUGCAUCUUGUCGUAUUUUCAGUAUCUAUAUGUAAGAUUAGCCUUGUUUUAUUUAUUUGUCAUUUUAAUACAUUUUGUUUUUGUCAAAGUAUUUAUUCAAUUAUGUAAAUUCCACUCUGUGAUUUUAAUCCCAUGACAGUGAAUGUUUUUGUAUCUGAACAAGCAUGUUUGAAAGAAACUCAAAUAAAAAUACUUAGUUGUGCA